GCUGCUGCCUGACUGUGUGUGAUGUCGAUUAACUUUUAUACACUCUGUUUGUGGUGCUUCUUUGCUCUUUGCGCGCUGCUCUCUCACUCGGCAGCAGCUCAUCAUCAUCCCGACGACCCGUCCGCCGCCGCCGCCGACUGCGAUCUCGGGGCAGCACAGCACAGUUAAGUUGUAGAGCGAAAAUCAGAGACAAAUGGUUUCAGUUGUAAAUUGACAUCACUCCGAGCAGCAGUCAGUAGCUGGUUGAGGUUGGUGGCGCAGUCAAAGACACUGAGAGUUCUCGAUUUAAGCUCGGUUCAGAACAGUCGCGCGCGCGUUCGUUUGUGCGUGUGCGUGUGUGUGUGUGUGCAUUUGUAAGUGGCGCGCUAUUAGUCGAUAAAUUGACGUUGAGUGUUUCCCCCUCCACCCUCCCCCCUUCCAGAACUGUCAACAAAAAGAAGUGGUGAACGAACGGAAAACAAGAGACCAAAAGUCAGUUAGUCAGUGCAACUAAAGUUAGUAAAUACUUGAUGCUUUUUGCUGCCAUCAUCGCGAGGGCAUCAUCAUUCGGAGGAGCAUCUUCACUUUGUGUGUUGAAGGACCAAUUGCCGCGUCCAAGUGAGAGUGAUAGAGUGAAAGAGAAAGACUCUCACCGCUUUGCUACUCUGUUUCCACCCUGCCCCACUCCGACACCGACCUCCCCCCAACCAACCCACCCGCCUGCCUCUGAGGAAAGCCACCCGGCGCGCAAAACGCCUCCGGCGGCAAGUGCAAUAAUUGUGUGCAAAGUGAUUUGAAUAAAAUUAUCAAUAACUGCGAGUUUUAAAAGGAAAUUGAGUGAACUGAACAAAAUAUCAAUUCAAAUAAAAUUAAACGACAAAGGAAGUCACUGAUUGGAUACAAACUCAUCGCCGCAAACGAAGCCGACGGCCAUCAACAGUGAGCACAGAGCAGCACAAGAGCCGUCAUCAUCGUCGAGCAACGGCCAUAAUUUAUGGCCCCCCAAGUUAACCCAGUGAGCUCAACCAGUCAACACAAUCCCAACUGGCGGACCACCCCACCCAGUGAACCAUAGGUGACCAAAGGCACCCGCCGCCGUCGUUGACCACCGCAACCGCAAUGACACAGGCUGAGGAGGUCCGCGAAGUGAACCAGGUGUGCAUCACCAACACGCCCGAUCUACACACCCAGGCGGCCCAGGCAUCCGAUCACCGGAAGUCACCGCCGUUGCAGCCUCCCCCACCACCGCCCCCUCUUCCACCUUCGUCGCUCGGCAGCGAAGAUUGGAUCCACAGUACAAACCUGAACGUCUUCAACAUCACGACGACGGAAUCGACCAACAAAUGGCACCCGCACGUGUACGCGCCGGUGCGACAUCCGACGCCACACUCCAUCAUGGACAUUUUGGGGUGGAAAGAACCGGAGGAGGUGCAGAAGACUCCUCCGUUGGAGCAAGGUAUCAACCAUAGUAGUAAUAACAACAACCAUUCGGUGCCAUAUUUGCUGCGAGGCUUGGACAUCGCGGCCAAGGAGGUUGAGCUGGAAGAUCAACCGCUGGAUCUUUGCAUUGCCAAACCAACGCCAUACGAGAAACAUUUGGAAGAAGAAAUCACCCAAGAAUCGGUUCGAUCCAUGAGCCGAGAGCGGGCCCACUCGACGGAUGUGGACUCGGAGAUAUUCGGAUCGAACGAGUCCCAGCACUCGAUGAAGGAUUCGUCCUCGUCAAGUGUGCCGCACGCCCACCAGAAGCUAGUUCCACCGUCGGCCGGACCGAUGGUGGGAGCGAAAAAGAACAGCCACAGGUCCCACGAAUCGUUGGAACAACAGAAUGAGGACGACGAGGAUGGUGGCAACGGUCGGCGAAAGAAGAAAGCGCGGACAACCUUCACCGGUCGGCAGAUCUUCGAGCUGGAGAAGCAGUUCGAGGUGAAAAAGUACCUCUCGUCGAGCGAGCGGACCGAAAUGGCCAAACUGCUGAACGUUACGGAGACGCAGGUCAAAAUCUGGUUCCAGAACCGCCGCACCAAGUGGAAAAAGCAAGACGGCGACUCAACCGGUCCACCCAGCCAAGGACCCAAGGAACCAAAAGUGGCCUCCAAAACGCCCUCCACCUCACCACCAUCCUCCCUCUCCUCACCAACCCCACCAUUUCCCCCAUCCUCGUCAGCAUCCUCCUUCCCCCCAAACCCCACCGAGGACAAACCCGCCAAGCUGACCGCAAAGCAUUUCUCCAAGCACGGCGGCGCCAAAAUGCGACGCCCCAAAACCGACGACCACCCGUCGGCCACUGAUCUCCACCAUCCGGCGAAGCUUCCCAAGGACCAGAACCAUCACCACCAUCCCUCGAAGAAGCACGCGCUGGACGCCCCCUCGCCACCGUUUGUUCCGGUGGUCAGCAGCGACAUCGAGGCUCGGAUUUCGGCGUCGAAAAUCUCACUGGACGCGAUCUGCAGUGCGACAAACUAUCUGAUGAAGGCGUCGCCACCGCCGCCUCCACCACAACUUCUCCCGCAGCCCAGCGAUCGGUCACCGAUUCCGGCGGCACCCAGCGACGACCGCGCUCGGAUGGACGUGGCGGACUCUUGAAAGGAGUGAUUCGCUUUUUCAACUAAUCACGGAUUGCGGUGUUUGCGUGUGUGCGUUUCUCUUCCCUAUUUACGAGUAUCAAACAAAGAAAAAGUCAUCUUACAAUAUUUCAAAACACACAAGUUUAUACGUUACGUUAAGAAGUCGUUUCGGAUAGUUAAGAAAAAUUUCAACCACGAAUACUGGGAAAGCAAAGUGAGAUUAAAACAAUAAAAAUAAAAGCGAAAAUCUGGAAAUCUUA